CGGAGCGCCUCGGCAGAUGAACGAGCCGAUCGACUGCGCGAGACGCGACGAGGUAUGAUUCAUAACCAGUAAAGUCAUGGAUGAAACAUUGGAUUUUUGACAUUUCAUGCAACCCAAGCUCUUCAUAACUUUUUGAGAUGAAAUUUAUACUUCCAAUUUCUAUGGACUACAAAGUAAUACAGAGGCCUCAAGGCCAGAGAACGGGAUCAGAUAUGACGGAUGAGUUGAACAGGGCCUCAGCUGAACCGGAGAUGACGAAACCAGAAGAGACUGUGCCGAUUGAAGCAGACGACGUUACUGACGAUGUGGAUAAUGCAGUGGGGAACAACAUGCCUGGAAAGGUGACGCCCGAAUCGCCACCUGAUUGGCUGAAGCCAAUGGAGGGGGAUGAAGAUGAUGGUGGUGAGGGUGUCAAGAGCAGUGAACGGAUCAUUAUGAAGACCAAUGAUGACGUUCCAAAAGUAAAGCGACGCAGAGGUCGGCCUCCGAUUGCCAGAAAUGUUAGACAUGGACUUACUCGUUUAGAUUUCAAGAAAGGAUUGCAUGCAGAUCUCCCUAAAACUAAGACUGUUCGUUCUCUACCGGAAAGAACGCGUUCAAGUCCCACAUCAGGAACUGCCAUUCCUGUCCCAGAUCCACCCCGCACGCCUGAGGUUUUACCCAGAAAACCCCAGAGCAUCAUUCACAACUCGACAGCAACAUCUCAAAGACCCCGACUCAUGCCCGUCUCACCUGCAGGGGGCAGCAGCCUCUCCAAGACCCCCAACGCCGAAUUUCACAGCCCUCCGCGCCUCACAAGGGUCUCGCCGCUCAGUAUCGACACAUUGGUGACACGGAAUUUCGUUCACUCUCCAGCUGUAAAAGUGGGUAAUGUUUCCCAACAGAUUGUUUCCUCUACUGAACCUGGGAAAGAUGGCACUGAACCGCCCCUUCGACUCUGGCUUUGUCCUUCUCUGGAGCCCAUUAGCCCUACAAAAACGCAGGAUACGUUCUCAGAUCAGAUUGUAAAUUCACCAAAUUUUCCGGAGACUACACUUAAUGGAACAGUGACCCUAAAGGAAAGUCUUUCUCUGCUCAGUGAAUGUGAAAGCUGUGGCUGCCAAUUUCCUGCUCAGAAGAUCGGAGACAUAAUGUGCUACAGAUGUAGGCCUAAAUCAGACAAGAAGCACUCUCCUCCAAAUAUUGUGUUUAGGAAGGUGGGGCAGGAUCAGUGGGAGGUUGGGAAAACAAAACAUCCAAGAAAACAAAUGCUGAAACAAAAUCCCAAAUACAAGAAAAUUGUAAAAAUGGAUUUUGUCCCUGAUGGUGAUGAUGAUGAUGAUGAUGAUGAUGACUGGAUUGUGAAGAAACGCAAUCGCAGGAUGUGCCGGCAGUGUGUUGCGUGUCUUCGUGAAGACGACUGUGGCAAAUGCGACUUCUGCAUGGACAAGCCCAAGUUUGGUGGCAGCAACAAGAAAAAGCAGAAAUGCCGCUUACGUCAGUGCAAGUUUCAGUCAAGGCUUCAUGGUCAAAGAGCAUAUAGAAGGAGAAAUGUGAAGCCCAAGCUCAAGAGGCGCGGGAGACCGCCGAGAAAACGGAAAUUCAGAAGCAACCCCUGGGAGGAUGAUGAGGAAGUUUCUGAUGAUGAUGAUGAUGAUGACAAAGAAGACUUGAGGCAUUAUAAGAUGAAUGGCGGGAAAGGAGGAAGGAGGAAAUGGAAUUACAGUUUUAAGGAAGAUGAGGAAGACAUGUUCGUUGAGGCCUUGAUUGAGGAUGACGGACCGUCCAACACAGAGGAGGAUCCUGAUAUUUUGGGCAGUGAGAGGUCAGCGAUGGUGUCUAAUGAGAUGAGCUCAAACACGUCUGGACUCAGUGCUCAGGGAUUAUACUACAACAUGUCAGGCGUGCCGGCGGCUCCUUAUGUGCUUGGAUCAGUACCUUUGUGUAACAGCAAUCCAGUGCCGAUGGGGGAUGAUGUGCCUCAGAACGGUUUUCUUCAGAUUGAGAUGGUGAGAGUGGGAUCACCACCGUCACAUUACACAGAAGAAGCUCAGAACACAGAACAGCACGUGUCAGAACCUCAGCAGGAGCCCACGCCGGUGAUCACUCAGAUCUUCAGUCUGGCGGGAGGAGAGAACGACUGCGACCGAGACCAAGGCCUGACGGAGCUGUUCACUUCCCUAGGCCAGACCGUGCUGCCCGCUCACUGGGUGGGCAUCAUGGCCAAAGGCCCCCUCCUCCAGCUGCUGCAGUGCUCCAAACUCUCCACCAUGGCUGACACGGUGGUCCAGAUCGAGAAGGGCUUCUUCUACCAGGUCAGUGUCCAGAACCACCCUCUGCUGCUGAUGCACGCCGUCUACUCACGCCACCCCACCUGCCUCGAGUCAGUCGAAGACGUGGUGUCGCUCUUGCUGGACUUGGAGGGGCUGGGCGUGUGUCAGGGCUACCAGAACUUCCACAUGGGCUCACCGUGGGAGCCUAGAAUGAGCGUGAGAGCGGCUCUGUGCGAUUUACUCAUUCCCAAGGACGAGGAACAGUGUCCAAAAUGCACACAGCCUGUGGAGGGUUGAGCAGCCGUGCGAGAAUUUACUGUGAGUUUUCGACACAUCUAGUAGUUCGAGAGAAUCUUCCACCAGUUUUUAAGCUUAUAGUGCAGUCAGAGCUGUUUCCGACCUCAUGAUGAAUUGCCAUCUAAAAUGGUGCUUCUUAUUUAGUUUAUUUAUUUUUUUUUUUAGAAAGAAGUUAGUGACACAACCUUCAAAAAAGGACUCGUAAAACACUGAGUUUUACCAAAUUCCCUUCUUUUCGUUGCUUUCUGGUUGGGUUUAGGACAUAAAUACAUUCAGUUCUCACUUAAACUACCUCUUCAUUAUUUUAUGGACCAAUUUUAACCUUAAACCUCCCACGUGCCCUUAUUGAUUCAGACGUUUGGUCAACAAGUUUAUUGUAGUACAAUGAGAAGUAUGGAAGCGUGUUUCCGCCAUGAGGUAAAAAAAAAAAAAUUCUCAAAAUUCAG